AUGACUUCGGGAAAAGCCAUCCAUUCAGAGUCCAACCAUUACAUUGCACAGAGACAACAGGGUUUCGCCAGCGCAUUCCAGAGUUGUGAUGUAGACGGUCUCAUGAAUUAUAUGUCCGACUCAAUCGACUUCUGCGACUAUGCCAGCAAUGAUCUGCACUUAGAUAAGGGGCAAGUGAGGAACUUUUUCGCUCGAGCCCUUGGUUCAUCGAAGGACAUCUCGAUCAAGACACUCUCCAUCUCUGGAGACAAGCACUUUUCAACGUGGGAGUGGGCAUUACGAUUUUCGCUCAAGUCAACCGGGGCAGAGGUCAGGCUCCUAGGAAUUAGUGCGAGCUGGUGGGAUCAAGACGGCAAACAAAUUGUGCGCAACCAUGACUACGCUUUGGCUGUGGGUGAGUUUGAGUGGGAGAUGAAGAAUGAGUCAGGCGCCUAG